AUGGAGGUCGGGGCAGCGGGGGACCCCAAGGGGGUCUGGGGGGACCCGGCGGCUGGGACCUACAUCAUCCCGCAAGGGCUCCCACCUGUGCCAUGUCCCCACGGCGCCGUGCCGGUGUCCCAGCAGCCGGUGGUGAUCCUCCAGCAGCUUCCUGGGACCCUAGCCCAGCCCACCAGAGCCCCACACCUGCGGGAAGAUUUAAUCGAGUUGAUGAUGAUUCAAAACUCCCAAAUGUACCAGGUGGUGAUGAACAGCCUGGCUGUGUCGGCAUUGACGUCCUUCGGGUUCGGACCAUCUCCAGCUGCUGCCCAGCCACUCAUGGUGCCUUUGCAGACCGGAGAGGAAGAGGAGGCCAUGGUUUUCCACCACCACUACGUCCCCUACGCCGGUCCCACUCCCAUCCUGGCAUGGCCAGUCCCGGCUGGGGCUGGGGGACCGGUGGUCAUGCGCUACCAGGACAUGGCAGCAGAGGACGGGGAGCCGUGAGUAGCAAGGGGCUGGCAUUUACUCCUGUCCUUGGUCCUUUCCACCAGCGCAGUGCCACCUCCUCCACCCCCCAGCGCCACAGGGACCGUAGGAGCCAAUGUCCCACCAUCAUCAGAGUACUACGACAUGCUGGAGCAGCAGCAGUGA